AUUUAUUUAAAGAAGAGAGGACAGCGGUCUGAAGUUUUCUCCUGUAGUUAAGCAAGGAAAAUGAAGGUGGCCAUUCUCAGUCUGGUCCUGCUGCAGUGUCUGUGCUGCUCUGGGCGUCCCCCGCUCCAGGUCGACCUGGCCCCCGCGGUGCAGAAGGCCGCGAGCAUGUCCCUAGCCCGGGUCAACACGCAGUCCAGCGGGGCCAACCUGUACCGAAUCACACACAGCUCCCUGAAGAAAGUUAUCCCGGUGGGAAUCAACGCGCAUGACCUGAUGCUGAACUUUCGAAUCAGGGAAACGGUCUGUCCCAAAGCCUCAGACACCGACCCGGAGAAGUGCAAUUUCAAAUUGGGUUUCUUCGUGGCCACGGCGUCCUGCUCCAGCCGAGUACGUGUCUCCUCCGGACUCUCGGAGCUCGUCUCCCUCAGGUGCAGCCGCUCCGACAGCUCCAGCUCCAGCUCCGAGUCCAACAGCGGGGAGGCACUCCGAUGGCUGAGUGGAAUGAGUGGACAGAGCCACUUCGGGAUUGGAGCAGGCCCGGUGAACACCCCCACUCAGAGGACCGCUGUGGACAACCACCUUGGGGGGAACGGCAUGGAUAACUUCAUGCAGUAAAAACGCAUGGCUCACCGGAGUUCACUUCGCACAAAAUAUCAAAGAUAAUCACUGUGCAGAGGGACAAUAUGAUGAGAGACCUGGAAAUUUUUGUUUUGAAAAAAAAAGUUUUGAAUUUUAGUCAUCGACUGUUUGGGAUUCACAACAAAAAGUCAAUACAUGUCUUGGAUAUGAUUAUCUUUUGUUAAAGGUAUUUUGUUAAAUGUACAUUUAACAAAACAUAAUCAUAUCCAUAGAAACAUGCAAGUGUAUAAUCGGAACACACUCUAGGGUUGUGAUUGGCUCAGAUAUCUGUGCCUUCUCCUUUGAUUGGUCCAGCAGACAGACAGAUGGCGUUUGACUGAGCCCAGAUUCGGGGAAGACGCCAGACAUCCACUGAAACCCAGUGAAAUACAGGCUUUCAGCGCUGCACGGCUGCGCUGCUGCCAUCAUUAUCCACUGACCCAGAAACACACAUAUCCCCACAGCUGUGUUCCACUUCACCCGUCCCUCAACAAGCAAUACUGCUGUAGCCUCCCAGCUCAAAUACAGUAGCAGCCCUGCUGAAAAGAAAGACCAGCUAAGACCAGUUGAGACCAGUUGGCAUUUGAAGCAGUUUUACGCUAUUUUCAAGUUCCAGGCUAGCUGGUCAUAGUCUCUAGCUGGAUAAAGCUGGUCAAAGAGUAAGCCGGUGGUAUACUGGCGGAUGGUAGGUUUAAGAUGGAAUUUUCAGCAGCUCCAAACAUAUUUCGCCUCAACUCGCACUCUGACAUCAUCACUCUGAAUUCACAUUCCUUGGCACACAACGUAACUGCUCCAUAUAACCGUUAAACACCUUGCAUCAUGUAGCUACUGACCCAAACAGUUUGUUGCCACAAACUCUAAUAAAAUUGAUAAUGUGUCA